CUUGCCAGGCUUUAGCAUGUAAGAGCAGCUCACGCCAAAUGCUGUCAUGCGCACAGGCUCUCUCGCCCCGCGGGCACUCACGGACCAGCAUAAAAGCCGGCCCUGCGACUCGCACCCUCACACAAUCCUCCCGACGCCUUCUCCCCUGCGCCCAACAAGGGACCCUCCACACCACAGACAUGUCCUGCUACGACAUCUGCCGCCCCUGCGGACCCACCCCGCUGGCUAACAGCUGCAACGAGCCCUGUGUCAGGCAGUGCGAGGACUCCCGCGUCGUCAUCCAGCCUCCUGCCGUGCUGGUCACCCUGCCAGGACCCAUCCUCAGCUCCUUCCCCCAGAACACCGCUGUUGGAUCCUCCGCAUCAGCUGCCGUGGGCAGCAACCUCAGCGCCCAGGGAGUGCCCAUCUCCUCCGGGGGAUUCGGAGGCUUUGGCCUUGGAGGCUUUGGCUUCGGAGGUCUUGGCUGCAUCAGCGGCGGAAGAGCCUGCUACCCCUGCUAAGGACCCACGCCAACACCCCUGACAGAAGCUUCCAACACCGUGAAAGACAGCUCUCAGACUGAGGACGCACCUCUGCGCUGUUCAUGGCACGCGGGCUCACCAGCCGCGACUCCUCAUUCCACGGCACAACAAAGCAAGCAAGCAAGGAAGGGGCCAGCCCAUGCUGUCAGGACACAUGGCCAACAUACCUCCUUCUUUCUUCCUCUUUCUCCUUUCCAUAGCACCACCUUCUACGGCCGCUACUCUCUGCUGCAAUGCCUUGCUCACUAGCACAAUCCCUCGGGAGACCUUCUGGGGCUGCUCCCACCACAGGGUAGGGAGACCUUGGGGCUCUGGGAAAAUCUGCUCUACGCAAGGGACAUAGGCUGGUGGUCGCCCUCCAGGCACCUCAGAAUGUGCACCUUCCACUUGACGCUCCCUCUU